UGUUACAUGUGGAGGAGGAAAUCAAACACGAUCCAGAACAAGAAGAUGUAAUAACCCUCUUCCAGAACACAACGGAUUCAACUGCACGGGGUCGGUGGAAGAAAUUGCUAAUAGGAAAUGUAAUUCAAACGUCUGCCCAGAAGGAGUCAAACAGACAUCUACCCAGACGGUAAUCAUUAUUGCUGUGGUGUUAAGCAUCUUGACCAUUCUAAUUUUUUCAACUGUGUCCACGUUAUAUCAACGUAGAAAGAUAUGCAAAACCGAGCACCCAGUGGAAAUGCAAACGAGGGAUGUGGUGUAUGAAGAAAUUCAAAACAUCAGAUUAAGAAAUCAUGACUAUGUCCCAUCGUACACAGAAUAUGUUCUUAAUCCACGAUUGCGCAACAGACCUGAACAUGGAGUUGAACUUUCCUCUGUCUUGAUGGAUUUGAGAAGCCAUGCUCCUAUAUUGUUGAAUACUGACUUCAAUGAUGGACGUCCGAGUACAAUAUGUAUCCAGGAGAUAAAUCAAGAAAACGAAGAAUCCGCACUUUAUCCCAACGAUACCAGUAUUACAGGUGAUAUGAAUGAUCAAAGGAUGGCUAUUCUCGCAGGAAAUCAAAAUGAAAAUAAUGAUGCUGGAUCAGAAAUAUAUUUCGAUGUGGCUAAUACUCAAGGAAAUGGAAUAUCUAAUGUCAAUGGCUACGAAGAACCAGCUGUGAAGACAAGAAAUAGUUACAUAGUUAUUCUACCCAAUGUAACUGAUCUGGAGGGUGUUAGUGAAGACCACUGCGAUUCAAUAGCAAGCUAUGAGAACAACGAACCUGGAAAAGGUGAAGACAUGGAUUCAGAAUUUUCAUUGAAUUUGGCAAAAUACAUGGGAGAAAAUUGCAACUCCAGGAGUCAUCCCAUCGGUAAAGAUAGCUUAGAUGGAAACAAGAUUCAGGUUUUACAAUCUGAUUACGAUGCGUCGGAUGAUGAAAGGGAAUCAGCGGAGUACAUCAAACCUCUCAGGGUUCGUCCUCAUAGCUACGUGACAGUUUUGCCAAUGAUCGAAGUUCAUAAUGCUGAUGUUUGUAGUUCUCUUGAUACCUAAAUUAAAUCAAGCGCCGUUCUGAUUUAGAUUGUAAAUGUUAUGAGUGAGAGUCUUCCCAGGGACACGUUUUCUUACUGGCCAAAAAUUAUAAAUUGACCAACGUUGAUGUGCAAGGAACUCAUAAUUUACGAUAUAUUGUUUUAUAUUUCCCGUGUUUCGUGCAAAGAAUAUUUUUAAAGAACCUGGUUUAUGGAAAGACAGAAUGAUUACAGUUGGUGUCUUUAAUUUUAUAUAGGUUUCUGUAUGUUGCGUUACAGCAUUGUGAGAAUUUUUCACUCAUAUUGAAAUGUCAAAAGUUGUUAAAGAAUAUUAUUGCUAUCAAUUUUGAACGAAUCAAUGCGCUUAAGACCGUUGUUAAAAUCAUAUCUGAAUGAUUUGUAAUUUUCAUUUCUAUUUCCUCAUCGUCGAUUCUCACCAUUAUGAAUUACGAUAUGUAAGUUUAUGUUUAAUUACUUUCCAUUAAUUCUGUACAUAUGUAGAAUGGAUUAUAUUGUGCAUGCAUUCAUGUUAUCGAUGAUUUUCUUUUUGUGUAAAUAGAUUGCCCAGUUCUUAAAUGUAUCCGCUGAUUUUAAUUGCUAGAUCUGCAUAUUGUGUACAGCUACUAAUUUAUUUUGCUUGUAACACACGCUUUUGAAUAUUC